AUGUCAAGUGUGAAACCAUCUGAUUUUCCGAUAGUAUUGGUUAGAAAUCUACCUUUUGAUAUAACCAGUGACUCAUUAUAUGAGUUAUUAGGUAAAUAUGGUAGCAUACAUCAAGUACGGGUACCUGAUGAAAAGUCAGAUCAAGGAACACCUGGUACAUGUUUUGUCAUUUACCGAAAUGUUGCUAGUGCCGUCAGCGCUGCCAAAGGAUUGAAUGGUAUCAAUUAUCAGGGAAGGUAUUUAGUAGCAUCGGAAUAUCGAAUUGAUAGGGCUAAAUUGUCUAAGGAAGAUUUUAUCUUACGUAAGGAACAAAUAGACAAGUUGAAGAAGGAAUAUGAGAUAGAGUGA